UCAUCUCUGACUUCAAUGUUACCAAAUUUUUGCUCUUUACUAGUCGUUUUUCUUUUAUACACUUUAAAAGUUUAUUUGUAAUACGUUAGGGAUCACAGGAUUUGUUGAAAUUCGCUUUCGAUUGUAGGUAAAAAAGAAAAUAUAUAAAAAUGGAAUGUGGAAAUGGUUUUCAGCUUGGAACUGCUAAGCUUGGUCAAACAGCGUUUGGUCAGACAAAUACAGUUAAAACGGCUACUACUACAUCGGUAUUCGGAACUUUCUCGCACGCAGCUUCAGGCACUGCCGGAACCAAAUAUGAGAUCUUAAUAUCCACCGAGGCUCCAAUAGAGAAAGAAGAUCCAAUUAGUCUUGAUGUUAAAAUGCACAGCAUUACAGCCAUAAAGGAAUAUGUAGGAAUGUCAACGGAUGAAUUGCGCUGGGAGGACUAUCAAGCUGGGCGAAAGGGUCCAGAAACAAUAAGUGCACUUGGAAAUGGUUUUCUCUUGAGCACGCCAGGCGAGGAUAUCGAAAUGAGGGAUAUUUCAGAAAGAAAUGUUUAUGGACAGCCUGCUACCAUUGGCUUUGGGAAUUUUGUAUUCCAAUCAGCAACCCCUCCACAAAACUCAUUCUUUGGCGCGAAACAAGAACCCAAUAAUUUCAUAUUGACAUCGGCUACAGCUGGGGCGGUUUUUACACAGACAAUUGGUGGAUUCUCUAGCACAAGUGGUGCUCAGACGGGAUUUAACACUGGAACCACUGGAGCUUUACCGACUGCAAGCUUGUUAAAUUCCACCUUAAUUCAGCCGCCUUCAUUCUUCUCAGAAGGCCUGCAAAAUACAAAUGAAUCACUUUUUGGUAACAGUUCAUUUGGAGGCGUUUUAGGGGGAAAUGGACUUGGUAAUUUUACAGCAUUCCAGCCCAUUACUAACUCAUCCAUUUCAAAUAGUCUUAUACGGGAAGUGGCUGAUGCAUCAACCCAAUACGUAACUCCUUUAGGUUCUCAGACAAAAUUCGAAAUUUCUACCAAUUCUACUGCAAGCCAAGCAAAUAUUACCUCUGGCGCUGACAGCUGCGUGGAAAAACUUAACCAGCUGAGGCUCUACAAUGACUUAAAAGAGAUCGAAGUCCCCGACAAUGAAUUCAAGCUUACACGACCGCCCAAACGAUUGAUUUUAAAGCCAAUUGAUAAAUCUCCACCAAGGGUAACUUUUGAUUUGGAUCCGAUUGUCGUUGAUGAAGCUCGUAAACAAAAUUCUUGGUUGCCUAAGAACACUUGCGAGCAUCGAGAAGAGCAACACAUUAAACAACCGCAUCCAACUGGCAUAGUGCUCCAACGAGUUGAUUACUAUACCAUACCUUCGUUGAAUGAUCUUUUAUCUUAUUUGGCGAAGGAUGGUUCCUGUGUGGUACCAAAUUUCACUGUCGGCAGAGAGGAUUAUGGAAAUGCCUAUUUUGGCGAGGAAAUCGAUGUAGCUGGCUUGAAUCUAGAUGAGAUAGUCCAUUUUAACAGAAGGGAAAUAUGCAUGUAUCCGAAUGACGCUAAUAAACCACCCGUCGGCCAAGGGCUUAAUCGCAGUUGUCAGGUUACCCUGGAUGGAAUUUGGCCACGCUGUAAAAAUAGUCAUUUGGAUAUCAAAGAUCCACGCCGCAUAAUCGAAAUGAACUUUGAGCGAAGGCUACGUCGUUGUAAUGCAGAAAGUGAUGCGCGUUUUCUUGAAUAUCGCCCGGAAACAGGAAGCUGGGUAUUUCAGGUCAAACAUUUCUCUCAAUAUAGCCUCAAUGAGAGUGAUGAAUCGAAUGAAAUUGAAGUAUCCGCCAAGUAGAUCCCAAUGCUAUAUAUAAAUCCAGUAAUUAGUA